GCCUCAGCUCCCCGGCCCUAGUGUUGGACACGAGCCCGGGAGGGGAAGGAACCGAAGCCACGUCUGGGAGCAGAGUGAACCCAGGAGCCAGCCCCUCCAGCUGGAGCUGGGCUGGUCAUUCCAAUCCAGUGGGCCCAGAGGCCACCCCAGGACGUCUCCGAUGGGCACCGGACACUGGGCAGCGAGUCCAUCCACCCAGCGCUGGGGAGAUCUACCGGGGGCUUAGCUGCCAAUGGAUGAUGCUGGCCGAAGGUCUGCGCUAAUUCUGCCCAUGCCCUCUGACCUCAGCCCUAGGAGAGCUCAAGAGCUGGGGCCGGGUCCCUGCAGAUUUCACCGAAGGCCUCACCCUUUGACGAUAACCAGCCAUGCCCGACCGGGCGCUCUGCCUCCUGUGCAGUUUGGUGAUGCCUGCCGCCUUCCUGUGCGCAGAUCUGCUUCCCAGGGUCACCUUCCCAAGAGGAGACCCCCGGAGGACCCUAACCAGCUUCAGCCAGGACGGAAUCUUCAACUAUGAUACUUUCCUCUUGAGCGAAGACGAAGGCACUCUGUACGUGGGAGCUCGAGACACCAUCCUCUCCCUCCGGGUGGACAGUGCUGGGUCCAUGAAGCUGACGGGCUCAAUAGUGUGGCCACCUGUGCUUAAAAAAAAAGAGGAGUGUGUCUUUAAGAAGAAAAGCAAUUUGACAGAGUGCUUCAACUUCAUCCGUGUCCUGGUGCCAGUGAACCAGACUCACCUGUACACCUGUGGGACCUACGCCUUCAGCCCCAUCUGCUCUUACAUUAAUCUGGAGAAUUUCAGCCUGGUUUCUGGAGGCCAAGGGGAGCCUCUCCUCCAGGAUGGGAAGGGACAGUGCCCCUUCGACCCCCGCCACAAGUAUACGGCCAUCCUGGUGGAUGGUGAGCUCUACACGGGGACCAUGAACAACUUCCAAGGAAGCGAGCCCAUAAUCUCCCGUGCCCUGGGCAGCAGGACCUUUCUGAAGACCGAUACCUUCCUCAGGUGGCUGAAUGUCGACGCGGGCUUCGUGGCCUCAGCCAACAUCCCUGGAGAUGAGAAGGUCUAUUUCUUCUUCGAGGAGACGGCCGAGGAGUUUGAUUUCUUUGAGAAGCUCACGGUCUCCCGGGUGGCUCGUGUGUGCAAGAAUGACGUCGGAGGACAGAAGGUGCUGCAGAAGAAAUGGACCACGUUCCUGAAAGCUCAGCUGACGUGCUUCCAGCCUGGACACUUCCCUUUCAACGUGAUCCAUCACUCCUUUGUCCUACCCCAGCCAGGAGGGGGCGCCGUCUUCUAUGGAGUCUUCACCUCGCAAUGGCAGAUGGGAGACGCAGGCAGCACGGCGGUGUGCGCUUUCAACCUGGAGGACAUCGAAAGAGUCUUCAGCGGGAAAUACAAGGAGCUGAACAAGGAGAGCUCCCGGUGGACGACAUACAGCGAUGAGAUCCCUGAGCCCCGCCCUGGCAGCUGCUCGGUGCACCCAUCAGCGGACAAAGUCCUGAGCUUCAUGAAAAACCAUUUCCUGGUGGAUGAGAAGGUUGCGCCCAGGAACAAGCAGCCGCUGCUGGUGAAGCAGAACGUGAAGUAUACGCGGAUCGCAGUCGAUCAAACCCACAGUGUCACGGGCACCUCCUAUGAGGUGAUGUUCCUGGGAACAGAUCAAGGGUUCCUGCACAGAGCAGUGGCUCUGGCCAGCGGUACUCACAUCAUUGAGGAAAUCCAGCUGUUUAAGGACCCGGAACCUGUGCAGAACCUUCUGUUCUCACCUGGGAAGGGGAUCCUGUAUGUGGGGUACUCCAAGGGGGUGCUGCAGGUGCCGCUGGCCAACUGCAGCGUGUACAGGAGCUGUGCUGACUGUGUCCUCGCCCGAGACCCCUACUGCGCCUGGGACAGGCACAGCCAGUCAUGCCAGGAGACCCGAGGCACAAACAAAAACACGAGUGACUGGCUGCAGGACGUCGAGACGGGUAGACCGGGGGCUACGUGCCAGCAGCUCAGUGGGAGAGGCAGGGCCACACCCAGGUCUCGGGACGACUCGGGCAGCAGCCUGGUAAAAAGUUGA